AUGCUUCCGCGAUGCCGGCACUUUCGACUGCCUAGUCUUUGGCAUCUAGCCGUUGAGCACGGAUCCGGCAACCUCGACCAUCGGCUAUCAGGCCCUCGAGAGACUGAGCGGCCAGGUCACAGGCCAAAAAUUGGAUUGCCAUGUGGAGAGGCGAAGCCAGACCGCCUGCUGGAAUCGAUUCCCAUUGCUCUCUGUCGGCGGCUGCCAAUCAGCGAGGCGGCCUUGAGGCGAAGGGCGAGCCGCGUCGGGCAAGUGGGCAGGUUCCAGAACAUGGCAGGCCGCAAGACAGGGCGCAAGGCAAAGAAAAGGCACGAGAAGAUUCGUGGCAAGGCCACCUGA